CAAUUGCAACCAAGAGCUCAACCAACUUGUGCAGCAUCACGAGCGAUCAAUCUCGAAACAAUGAACCCAUUCGCCCUGUACCGGGAUGAGGAACCAGAUCCUCCUCAAUACAGCUCAACCGUUACGGCCGUCGAAAGGUCCGUCCGCCCACCGCCGUGCGAAUGCGCCGACUGCCAGAAUGGUUUCUACGCCGUCGAGGAGCAAUACAGCCCUGAACACUCCUACCACCGCAGGCUUUCUGAUGCCGAAGCAGAACGCAGUGCCCGCUCCGUCGUGGGAGAUAUCCAUCGCCGGCGAACUCAGCUUAGCGAACAGAUUGACGUCUUUGGUGAUGUCUUGCUGAGUCGGUGGAAGAAGCAAAGCCAAGCGAAGCGAGCGGCAUUACUGAAAGAAGCAGCACCGGACUUGGAGGAGCAACAAUGGUUUCUUCCGCGAUACACGUACAUGCGCGAGAGAUUUUACAUACACGCCAGAAGUCCCACUCGGAGACGUCAACUCCUGCUACCCUGGCUCAACGCACAAGUCCUCAAGGCCAACUCUGCUGUACUUUUCGCUCUGCUUCACUAUCGGACCGCCUACUCUCCCCAGUCCUGGGCGGCUUUUGACAGCAGGCAGCUCACUCUCGGCUGGGCAGCUGGGUUCUUUGACGUGGAUUUCUCUGCCAAAUGCGUCGUCAUGUAUGGAGAUCGAUAUGGAUUGCUGGUGGACUGGGAAGCAAAGGCUGCACACCGUGCUGAUACUCUUGGGUAUCCCAGAGCCAUGUUGGUUCUCGAAGCGCAGGCCUACCUUCUCGAGGUCCUCUGCAAUAUCGUGGAUAAGGUUCUUGAAGGAGUAGACCCUCAACAACCCCGACGGUCCGAGAAGUGGCACGACCUCGUCAGCCACGAAGCCUUUCGCGAGACAGGCGCAGUGGAGUUCUGGUCUCCUUACACCAACCAAGCUUUCUCACGUCCACCAAUGUUCAACUGCGAUUACCUACUCACACUCGCAAAGUCUCGCCUGGAUGAGACGGGAGAUCAUCUAUGGUACCUGCAGUGCGACGGCGCAUACAUGAGAAGACACGUCAAAAUGAUGUUUGCAACCGACAUCUUCAAGAAGGCGUCAGAACACCAGAGAGCUAUGAUGCUUACCCAGCGCGUUAUUCUCGAGAUCGAGAGUUGCUGUUGGUGGCGAUGGAUUGAAAUUGAGUGCAGGCAUGUGGAUGCGGUGCGCAAGAGAUUCAGCGACAGUAUUUAUCCCGGCACGCCCUUGCCGCCCAGCUACGAUAAAGCUCUGGGUGCUCUUGAGCUUCUCCUUGUCAACCAGGUCAUAUACAGGGCCAGUCUCCUGGAGGGGCUAUUGCCGCACAUUCCAGGCAUGCAGAAACACUGGACAAUCGAUACUAGCCAACGUUCGUCCGACAGAAUCGGCUUGUUGAAACGAACAACGCUUCCCAAUACCCAGGAGUCACUUACAGACGACCCCCUCGACUGGUGUCUUGUUCAGCUACAGGGACAGCCCGACGACCAGAGGACUUUCGACCAUGCCAUGCUUUUCGCCAUGAUCCAGGAUCAUUUAUCCAGCAAUCCGUCCGAGGGGAAGAGGCUGGAUGAAAUAACCUACCAGAUACUCUCUGACUUAUCAACAUGUCACGAAAUGCUCAUGGCUGUCCGUUCACACAGGCCCCAGAACGCAGCGCGAACAUUGCACCAAGUCUAUGCCACAGAACAUCGGGAGUCUUGGAAGCUGCGCCGAAUGAUCAAACCAGACGCAGUCGCGUUUCAGCGCAUAGGGGGGGCGUUCAUCAGGGAUUUCUACAACAUAAAACAACCAACAGGUCUCAGAAAUGAUAAUUGGCAUUGGCAGUCUCGGGCUCUCCGCACAGCAGUAGAGAAAUUCUGGGAAUCGAUUGGGGGAUUCCUGAGAGAGGAUCUUACACGCAGCGAGCCUGCUUUUACUGAAGAAGAGGUCGAUAGCCUUCUUAGCGUUGUUUCAGCAAACCUGAGUGCAGAGUAUAUCCAGGAUGAGCAACGAGCCGAGGCUGAGAUUCUCGCCGCCAUCCAGAUGGCAGAUAAGACUCAGCGAAUCGUUGCUGGCACAUUCAGCGUGGGUUCUGAGCCGCGACUCGUGUCGACGAAGAUAGCGCAGGGUCGAGAAAAGGUCAAGACACGAGCAGAGCAGGGGUCCUCUGCCAUUGAUGUCACGGAACCACCAGCCGAAGCUGCAGGGGAGGUCACCAAAGACGCCGUCAUCCCACUGACGAGGCCAUCAUUGGGGGUCAUUUACCUUAUGUUUCCCAGCAAAGACGACGUUGCCAAGGAUGUGUUAUGGGAUCGAUUCGUGCACGCCAUGAUUGAGGCGGGUUUCACAGCGAGGAAUAACAGCGGCUCGGCGGUGGUAUUCAAACAGGGGGACAAAGGCAGGAUUGUCUUUCAUAAGCCGCAUCCUGUUGACAAGAUUGAUCCGGUUCUUUUACGGAUCAUGGGGAAGAGAAUGGCAAAGUGGUUUGGUUGGAGGCGGGAGCUUUUUGCUCUGCGCGACGGAGCGACCUCAAGUGUACAGGGAUAGUGUAUAUCAUUAAUCACAGAGCAUAGUGUCACAUACAAGAUAGCGAUGUAUAAUUUGUUAAAGUUUUGUAUUUUUUGGUCUACGCCUUCU